AUGUGUAUUUUAAAUGUUGUUAAAUUAUCAUCAGGCAAAGCUUCAAAUCCUUUGGAUUUAAAUUAUGAACAAGUUCAAAUUUUAAAUUUAAGUGCAAAUGAAAGAAUUUGUUAUUUAAUUAUAUGUUUAAUUGCUUUAUUAUUUAAUUGUGCUUUAUUAAGUAUUUGGUGGAGUACAAAUAUUUCAUCAGUUUAUUUAUUAUUUGCAAGUUGUAAUUUUAUACAAAUUUUAAUAAGUAUAAGUAUUAUACAAAUUAAUAUAGAUAUUAUAAAUUUAUCAACUGAUGGUCCCGCAAAAAGAUUACACAAUAUGUUUAUUUUAACUGGAGCAUUUAUGAUUGGUCAAAGUAUAAUGGGAGCAUCAAUAACUUUAUUAGUUAAUGAAAGAAAUAGAUUAAAUGAAUUAAUUGGUAAAUUAAUUUUUGCUUAUGAUUUAUUAUUAUGUUUUAUUGGAUUAUUAUUUAUUGCUUGUACUGCAAUAACAAGUGUUAAAUUUGAUUAUCAACCAGUAGCAGGAUUAAAUGAAAUUCCAAUAAGUUUACCAAUUUUAUUUGGUUGUGCUGUUGGUAUAUCUAUCUUGGAAUUUUUAUGCACAAGAUUUUUUAGAUUAAGAACUUUAACUAAUCAUUAUGAAGUUGAAGAAUAUGAUUUAUGUUCUUUAAACCAACAUCAAAAACAAGGUUGGAGUAAAUUAAUUGAUUUAAACAAAAAAUAUAAUGCAGGUAUAUCAGGUGAUAAUGUUAUAUCAUUAAUGGAAAAUUAUGUACAUGCUGAUUUACCAGGAAUGAAAUGUAAAGUUUUAAGAGUUUAUAAUAAAACAGAAAAACAAGUAGUACAACAAAAUAUAAGGGAAAAGAAUGAAAAUAAUUUACAUCCUAUAAAAUCAAAUGUAAGUGGAGAUACAUUAUAUAAUCAUCAUGAUUCCAAAAAGAAAAUGAAUACAGCAUUUGAAGAAUUAGAUCAAGAAUCAUUAUUAUUUUUAAAUGCUCCAACAUUAACAAGUGCAGAUAUAUCAAUACAAAGUCUUGAAGAUGAAUUUAAACCAUUAAGUAAAAAUCAAUUAAAAAAAUUAGCUAAAAAGAGUAAACAACAUAAACAAGCAAUGGAUUUACAAUCACUUGAAAAUAAUACUGAAAAAUUUUAUCAAGAAUUAAUGAAUACUCAAGCUUUGGUAUUAUUAACAAUAAUUGAAGAAUUUGAUUUAAGUGAAAGAAUUCCUGGUUGGAUAGGUAAAAAAAUUAAUAAAAUUUUUGGUAAAAAUUCAAAAUUCCCAAUAUUAUGUAUAAAAUUUGGAUUAUUAGGUUUCCAUUGGCCAUUUAGAAGAUCAACUUUUUAUUGCUCAAGUACUAAAAAACCUAUAGCAAGAAGUGCGAGUGUGCUUUAUGCUAUAUCUGAAUGGAAUAAACAUAAUGAAAAAUGUACUGUAUUAUUAGAUCCAACUUAUAAAGAUGCAACAUUUGAAGCAGGAGUUGAUUACUCAGGAUGGAUAAAAAUAAAUUUACCAAAUAGUCAUAUAAUAGAUCUAAGACCCUACCUAAAUCAAACCAGUACUGAAUUUUUCAAAUCUAUAAAAUAUAGAAAUCAAGAAAAUUCAUUUAAAUUAGCUAAUGGACAAGUCAUUGAAUCAAAUAAUUUUAAUUUUGAAAAUUGUCAAGAAAUUAUAAUAAUGAAUGAUUAUAUAGCAAAUUCAAGACAAUCAAAUGGUCAGUCUUCACAGUUAUUACAACCAGAUUGGGAAUUUAUAUAUAAUUUAGGUAAUUAUUCAAAUGAUCAGAAAUAUAGAUCUUUAUUAUUUUUAAAAGUUGGUGAUGAAAUUAUAGCAUCUUGUGUUAUAUUUAGAUUAGGUGAAACAAUGACUUCAGAUAUUCAAGGUUUAAAUCAUGAAAUAAGUAAAAAAUAUAAAGCUUAUUUUGUAAUGAUGCAAGAAGUUAUUAAAAUUGGUUUAAGGGAAAAUGUAUCAUUUAUAGAUUUUGGUCCUACAACUGAAGAAGCAAAAGUUGCUAUUGGUUGUAAUGUUGUACCAUUAAUGGGUUCAAUAUAUCCUAAAAAUAAAUGUAUGGGUCCAAUUAUAAAAUUUGCUGCUAGUAAAGUAGAUGUAUAG